AUGUCAGCACUUCGUUCCCGGCUAGGAGGAUCAUCUAGACUUCUGUCUAGAAUUAUUUAUCAUUCCAAAACACAGUCCAGUUUAAUAUAUCGCGCGUCUGUUCCUGCUAGUAAUUUCCAAAGAUUCAAUGUAGCUUUACAAUACAGUACAGUAUCUGACCAGAAGCCAGUGGAAACCAGCAAUGAUAAUGUAGAAAAGAAAGAAUUUCAAGCUGAAACUAGAAUGCUAUUGGACAUUGUGGCUAGAUCAUUAUAUUCAGAUAAAGAAGUAUUUAUCAGAGAACUCAUUUCAAAUGCCAGCGAUGCUCUCGAAAAGUUUCGUUACCUAAGUGUUAGUUCAACUCCAGAUUCACCCAAACUGGAUGGCUUAGACCGAGCACUUGAAAUAACGUUGACCACAGACAAACAGAAUAGGCAGCUUAUAUUCCAGGUAAUUGAUUCAGGUAUUGGCAUGACAAAGGAGGAAUUAAUACAAAACUUAGGAACAAUAGCUCGGUCAGGGUCUAAAUCUUUUAUAGAAGAAGUAAAGAAGCAAGGCUCGGAACAAGCAAGCUCCAUCAUUGGACAGUUUGGUGUGGGAUUCUAUUCAGCUUUUAUGGUGGCCGAUAAAAUUGAAGUGUUCACGAGAAGCAGUAUUGCGGGCUCAAAAGGAUAUAAAUGGAGUUCUGACGGGUCGGGAACAUAUGAAAUACAAGAGGUAGACGGAGUAGAUAUUGGCACCAAGAUCAUUGUACAUCUGAAGACUGAUUGCAGGGAGUUUGCUGAUGAUGAUACUGUUAAAAAUAUAAUAAUGAAAUACAGCAAUUUCAUCGGCAGCCCCAUCAAGUUGAACAAUGAACAAAUAAACUCUAUCAAGCCACUAUGGCUGAUGGAACCGAAAGAAGUGACAACCGAGCAGCAUAUAGAGUUCUACCGGUUUAUCGGUAAUUCUUACGACAAACCUCGCUUUACCCUUCACUACAAGGCGGAUGCGCCUCUCAGCAUCCGGUCUAUUCUGUACGUACCGGAAGGCAAGCCGGGGCUGUUUGAGUUAUCUCGAGACUCGGACGUGGGCGUCGCUUUAUAUUCAAGAAAGAUUUUGAUCAAGAGCAAGGCGGAGAAUAUACUGCCCAAGUGGCUGAGAUUUGUUAAAGGUGUCGUGGACUCGGAGGACAUUCCGCUGAAUCUAAGUCGAGAACUACUGCAGAACAGUGCUUUAAUAGCUAAGUUACGGACCGUUCUGACGAAUCGUUUCCUGAAGUUCAUGGCGGACAUGGCUAACAAGGAUCCGGUCGGCUAUGAGGCCUUCUACCGGGACUACUCGCUGUUCUUCAAGGAGGGGAUCGUUACUAGCCAGAAUCCUCUGGAAAAGGAGGAAAUAGCCAAGCUAUUGCGUUUCGAGUCAUCGAAACUGGAGAACGGCGUCCGGACGUCGUUGGCCGACUACAACAAGAGGCAGAACAACGACCAGAAGAAUAUAUACUACCUGGCAGCGCCCAGCCGUGAGCUGGCUCAGUCUUCUCCAUACUACGAAUCCUUGAAGAAGAGGGACGUCGAAGUUCUCUUCUGUUACGAGAUGUAUGACGAACUCGUGUUGUUGGAGCUCAAGGAGUUCGGCGGGAGAGCACUAGUCUCUGUUGAAAACGACAUGCAGAAAGAUCCCGCAGACAGCAGCGAUACUAUUAUAGGCAGCGGCGAACUAGAGCAAAACCAGGUGAAUGACGUUAUAUCAUUCCUAAAAACGAACUUAGUUGGGAAAGUGUUUGAUGUACGAACCACUAGGAGGCUGGACACUCACCCGUGUGUCAUCAUUGUACCAGAAAUGGCCGCCGCUAGACACUUCAUACGGACACAAGCACAGAACCUGAGCGAGGAGAACAGGUUCGCGCUGCUACGACCCCAGCUAGAGAUAAACGCCAAACACCCCAUAAUCAAGAAACUACACAACCUAAUCUCCAGUGAUAAGGAGCUAGCGAAUAUGAUCUGUAAACAGUUAUUCUCAAACGCCAUGGUGACCGCCGGGCUCAUGAUGGACGCGCGGACACUCGUCACUGAUAUAAACGACCUACUGAUAAAGGCUCUGGAGAAAUAUUGA